UCUGUGGCAAUAAGGCAGACAUCAAGUCCAGCUAUAGCAAGAGAACUAAAAAAGUAUUGUUGGAGUCCUCACUCAUCUCUGUCAUAAAACAUGGAUCCAAACUAUGCAAAAGAGACCAGCAGGGAGCAAGAAGUAAAGGAAGAAAACACAGAUGUUAAGGACAUAAAUAGCAGAAUUAACAUAAGCCUGAAGUCAGCAGCUGUGGGAGCGACCAUUGCAAAUCCAGUCUAUUUGAAAGAUUGCCCUCACGUAAUAACUCGUUCCGAGUGGGGUGCUUUACCACCAACCCGCAAAGCAAACCUGGCUACUCCAGUGACAAAUGUGAUCAUACAUCAUUCUGCUGGGCUCAGUUGCAUCACAAAAUCUUCAUGCACUGAGUUGGUAGAAAACAUUCAGAAGUACCACAUGGAAACCAAUGGCUGGUGUGAUAUUGGCUACAGUUUCUUAGUAGGAGAGGAUGGUAACAUUUAUGAAGGUCGAGGCUGGAAUACAGUAGGAGCCCACACACGCGGCUACAACACUACUGGAUAUGGCAUCUGCUUCCUGGGAACUUUUACAGACAGGACUCCAAAUUCUGCUGCACAAAAUGCUGCCACAAGCCUGAUCAGGCAUGCCACUAUCAGAGGCUAUCUGCAUCCUGACUAUGUGGUCAAAGGUCACCGAGACCUAGGUGAUACAGUGUGUCCUGGGACAGAACUCUACAAUAUGAUUAAACAUUGGCCAAGGUACCAGGGCUCUUAAGGACCAUGCCUCUUUAAACUAGUUUCUCACUAUCACUAAGCAAAUACACUAUAGUUCACUACUGAAAAAUGUUGGUGAAACAUUGGUUAUUACAAGAAUUACUAGAUUAUACCACUGGCAAUCUUCUGCAUUUCCAGUGAUCAGAGUAUCUAAGCCAGACUAGUAUAAUAAGAUGUCUGUGAAAUGCAGAUAUGAAGUGACAAAUCCUAUAAAUAAAGAGGAA